AUGCCACUGUUUUGCUCUGCUAUACCAGAACCGUGCGACGAUGUUCGUCUGAGCGUCGGGAUUGCAGCGAAGCUUGAAACUGUUUUGGAGCAAACAAUUGUGGGUUUUAAUCCAGAUGAUUUGCAAAUAAGUUCAAGGGUCGACUGCGGCGUUAUCUCCUCCGCUAAAAUUAUAGCAGGUCACCCAGAGUACAAGACAGAAGAAGAAUUCUUCAUUGGCAAUGACGCUGCUGUCUUCUCCGUCUUCUUGAAGCAAGUCGAGGUCGUAGAGCACCUGCUACAGCUCGAGGUGGUGGAGUAUCUUGUGGAACAUCCAGUUCCCGUGCUCGAGGAUUGUGCCAACAGUACAUCAGUUGGCUCUGGAGCCAAUGAACGCGAAGGAUUUGAGCGUAAGAGUGAAAAUGGACCCAUGCCUGAAUGGAUGGACGACGGAGAAGAUCAAGAAACGUAA